AUGCGCGAGAGUGCGGGGGCAGGCCGUAACGUGAAUGGCUGGUUGGUACGCCACGGCCAUCUUUUGCCGUUAGCGGCCCUCUGUUUCUGCAUCGUCGUGGCGACAACAGUGAAUGUUGUGCGGGAAAUUCGGUACGAAAGUGCGGCAAGGGACGAGAACGCCAGCGAGGACACCCCAAGCAGGGCAGGUACAACAACUACGACCACCACCCCUUCAGCGAGCGUCCGCGAAGUGGCAGGACAACCUGCGCCUUCCAUGAAUCCCGGGGAUUCAUUUUCGCCGGUGGUGAGAGCCGCGUUCGUGUAG